UCCCAAUUACGCGCGUACCUACACUGAAACCACAUCCACUCCCAAACUAAACCAAAAAACAAAAACAAAAAAACACAAACACACACACAAAAACACAAACACAAUCCCAGAGGUUUCUCUCUCUUUCUCUCUUUGUGUGUCUUUCUCAGUUUCCAGUUCGGUUUGCUUAGUGUUAACGUUUGUGGGGGAUUUUUUUUUUAUUUUUUUGUUAACGUUUGUGUUUUUGUGUUCGAGUUUUUGGACCGCUGAGAUUUGGUUUUCGAGGUUCUGAGCCCUAAAUUCUCGGCCGUUGAUUUUUUUUUUUUUUGGGCGUUUUGAAGUUAGACCGUCCGACCUGGACUUUUUUGGAAAAAGAAAAGAAAAGAAAGUGAAUAAAUAAAAAAGAAGCAAGAAACCUGGCUACUCACUCUGUUGUUGCAUCCAAACGGCAUGAGCACAGGUCCAGAUUAACAACGUAAAUCUACAUGUCCGUUGUGUUAUUAGACUAAAAACUUUUUUGUUCCUUGGCUGUUGUGUUCACUGUUCACGUGCUUUGUAAAUACCGUCAAGCAGAAAAGUAAACUGCUAUUAAAUCCUUAAAGAAAGAAAAAAAAAGACGAGUUUCAAGAAGCAAUCUGAUGGGAACAGGGGAAGAGAGUGCAGCGUCUAAGCCUAAACCAUCAGCUUCAACUCAGGAUAUCCCAACCACACCAUCAUAUCCUGAUUGGUCGAGUUCUAUGCAGGCUUAUUAUACUGCUGGUGCUACUCCCCCGCCCUUUUUUGCCUCGACGGUUGCUUCGCCGACCCCUCAUCCGUAUCUUUGGGGAAGUCAGCAUCCUCUUAUUCCGCCGUAUGGAACUCCAGUUCCAUACCCAGCUAUAUAUCCACCAGGGGGAGUUUAUGCUCAUCCUAACAUGCCCACAACUCCUGUCCCCAUGAACACAAAUCAAGACAUGGAGGGUAAGGGCACAGAUGGCAAAGACCGAGGAUCAGCCAAAAAGUCCAAGGUAAAUUCCAGAAAUGCGGGAGCGGUUGGUGGGAAGGCUGGGGAGAGCGGAAAAGCAACUUCAGGCUCAGGGAAUGACGGUGCUUCGCAAAGUGCUGAAAGUGGUUCGGAGGGUUCAUCAGAUGCAAGCGACGAGAAUACCCAACAGGAGUUCUCUGCUAACAAGAAGGGAAGCUUCGAUCAGAUGCUUGCAGACGGAGCCAAUGCUCAGAAUAACACAGCUGGUUCCAUUUUGCAAGCUUCAGUGCCUGGGAAGCCUGCAGGCUCAAUGCCAGCAACCAACCUGAACAUCGGCAUGGACUUAUGGAAUGCAUCUUCCGCCACUGCUGGAGCCACAAAGUUACGACCAAACCCAUCUGUUGCCUCCUCGUCGGUUGCUCCAUCCACGAUGAUUGGACGCGAAGUUGUAAUGCCCGACCAAUGGAUUCAGGAUGAACGUGAACUAAAAAGACAAAAGAGGAAGCAAUCCAAUAGGGAGUCAGCUAGGAGAUCAAGAUUACGCAAGCAGGCUGAGUGUGAAGAGUUACAAGUGAGGGUUGAGAACUUGAGCAAUGAAAACCGCAGCCUUAGGGAUGAGCUGCAGAAACUUUCCGAGGAAUGCGAAAAGCUUACUUCUGAGAAUAGUUCAAUCAAGGAAGAAUUAACGCGAUUGUGCGGACCGGAUGUCGUUGCGAAUCUUGAACAUCAGGCUCGUACUGGCGAGGGCAAGAGCUAAAAAAUAAUAAUA